GCCUCUUGAUCGCAUAUAUUUCGUGGCAUUUUUUAGUAGCGAUUCUGCAGUCGUCGUGUGCAGUUCACGAGAGCGCGACCUCUAUUUCCAUUGAACUCUGUCUCGGUUUCAUUGCGCAAAUUAUACAAAGCGUGUAUUAUAUUACGAGUACAGGUUGACAUAGCCGACAGUCGUAUGAUAGCAUUUUGUUUAUGUAAAGAAAAGAAACGAGAUUCCGAGUGCGCACAUCUGACCUGGUUUUGAAUUGCGAUUUAAUUUUGAUUCACGGAAACAAUGCGUAAAUACUACUAAUAAUACAUAUAGUAAUAUUAUAAAAGGAUCAUGCAUUCAAUAGCUAAGGCUUAUGCUCCCCAAGUGUGAGUGGGAAUAAGUGCAAAGUGUGUAUACCUCUAGUCUAGGGAACCUUUUUUUAUAUCCAACAAAAUGCAAAAGUCACGCAAAAGAACACACGAACAACAGCAGAGAGAAGACGUAAAUAGCUGCCAUGUUACGACAACUGCCAAAGUCAUGUGGAGACAAGAAGGAAAGAGUAUUGUGGCACAGCUGCUUUUACUGCUCGCAAUCUUAAUGAACAUAUCCUGUGUGGCAUGUGCGCGCGAUCAUCGUAAACAAACAAAUCUGGAGGCCAAAGUCGGUUCGCAUGUCGUCUUCAAUUGUUAUAUAGAUUUCCCAUAUGAUUCCCCCAUACCAUAUGUUGUCCACUGGAGCAAAGAUAAUAAAAAGAUUUUCACAUGGUACGAGAACGAAACCUCGACAAACGAACUCUUCAAUGGACGCUUGCAUCUGGUCAGUCAUCAUCCGGAUUAUGGCAAAGCAUCGGUUAACCUGACAUCUAUACGUGAGUCUGAUCAGGGCUGGUAUCACUGUCAGAUCAUCUUCCCGAAUCGCUCACCAAGUGUUCGCAAUAAUGGUACCAGUUACCAUCUGGCGGUACAGGGUGGUUCCCUUAUCAAAAUACCGCCCAUUAACCAAACCAUUAUGGAAGGCCAAACGGCAUUCUUCCAUUGCGUGAUGAAGUAUCCUGACAACUCGCAGGCGUCCUGGUACAAGGAUGGCGUGCUGCUGCAGGAGGUCCAGGAUCUGAUAAGACGCUCAUUCGUGGGCCCUGACGGCAGCCUCAGCAUUGAUCCCACCAUGAUGAGCGAUCUGGGCGAAUACGAGUGCAAGGUGCGGAACAUCGAAGGUGAACUGCAAACCGCCAAGGCCUUUCUCAAUAUACAAUAUAAGGCCAAGGUUAUUUAUGCACCACCAGAAGUUUACCUGCCAUAUGGCCAACCGGCCGUGCUCGACUGCCAUUUCCGGUCAAAUCCGCCAUUGAAAAACCUGCGCUGGGAGAAAGAUGGCCUCUUGUUUGACUCAUACAAUGUGCCCGGCGUGUUUUACAAGAUGAACGGCAGCCUCUUCUUCUCCAAGGUGAAUGAGAACUAUGCGGGCAGCUAUACGUGCACACCCUACAAUGACCUCGGUACAGACGGGCCCUCACCUAUCAUUAGCGUAAUUGUACUGCGCCCACCCAUAUUCAGUGUUACCCCGAAGGCGAUUUACAUACAGAAACUGGGCGAGACGGCAGAACUGCCAUGUGAAGCCAUUGACCGGGACGGAAACAAUCGACCGUCCAUUGUAUGGAGUCGGAAAGAUGGCCAGGCCCUGCCACUGGAGCGGCACAGUUUUAGCGGCGGCAAUUUGACCAUUACGAAUCUAAUUGAAACGGACCGCGGCAUGUACGAAUGCUCUGCAACCAAUGAAGCGGCAACGAUAACCGCCGAAGCUGAAUUAAUGAUUGAGAACGUUUCCCCUCGUCCGCCCUACAAUCUCACUGCGAACAGUACAGAGACCUGCAUCACAAUACGCUGGCAACCAGGCUACAUUAGACCCAAUCUUGAGUAUACCGUGUGGUAUCGUCUCAACGAUGCUCCAGAAUGGCGAACUCUCCGUGUGAUGGACAAAACUAUAAUGGAGGCCACAGUGCAGCAUCUGCUGCCUGGACGGGAGUAUGAGUUUAUGGUGCUCAGUCAGGAUAAAUAUGGGGAUGGCAUGUUUAGCAAACAGUUUCGAUUCCAAACACAAGCAUCGCCACUGCGAGGAGAAGACUUUGAUGGCCAACAUUUGCCACAUCAACAGGGUCAGGCGCCCAACAGCGGAAGUUUAGGUGCACCUUGGAAUUUGAGCAUUGUAAAUAAUCCUCAAGGCUGGUUUUUGCACUGGGAGCAUCCGACACAAGGACUUGAGUCAUUACGCCUUUAUACGGUUCGCUGGUGGAAGGAACCAGAACAUUUUCUCAUCGGCACCGCCGAAACCUUUGACAAUUUCUAUCAGCUGCGACAUCUAAAGGAAGAUGCCACCUUUAAAAUUCAGGUGCUUGCCGUUGGCUCUGAUUCGCAUCAAGUGGCCAGUCCCGAGUUAAUACUCGAUGUGCCGUCACAACGGAAAACGCGAGCUUUGAUUAUAGGUAGCUCUGUUGCCAUCCUCUUUUUACUCUGCGCACUGUGUGCUUUUUUAUACGUAAAACGUAAUUGCCUCCGGCAUUUGUUUGCCCGGGACAACGAAGGCGCCAGCGGGGAUGAGGACACCGCGGAGAGCGGCGACUGCGACAGUGAUCAAGAGCGAGACAGCGGCAAGAUUCGUGCAACUUCCUGAAUUCUACAGAUCAGAUGGCGCUUCGAGCAGACCGAUGAAUAUGCACAGCAAGAUUGUUCAGUGAGCGUUUCUUUAGCGCCAGAUAACGGACGGGGGAUUCCAUAAUUUGCUAGGUUCAGCAAUUAAUUUAUCUUAGUUCACUUGGGAAAAUAUAAUUUAUUAUAAUAUUUUGAAAAUAAAACUUACAUUCGA